CUCGUGGAUCAGGUUUACUUCUCAGCAGGUUUAGGCUGAAGUCAGCAUUGGGACCAGAGAUGCUUCUUUAAAAUUGCCUUUAUGUUUACUGCGGGAACAGCCAAGGAACAAUCUGCAGUGAACUUCCUUCAGAAGAAUAUGUAUUGCCCUGGUAUUUUAUGCUCCCUAUAGAUUGAGAGAAAACAUUUACCUUUAAAGAGGGCUUACAAAGAAACCAUUCUGUUUCAUCAAAACAGAAAUUCAUGUGAUUAGGCACAUUUAAAUCCCAACAAUCUUGAUUUCCCAAAUUCCAGCUUUGACCAAAAUGCUGGUUAUCACAGUCCUGCUGGCUGUCUUUGGCCUCGUCAGAUGUCAGGAAUUAGCAACAUAUGACCUGUUGGAAGAGUUUCGCUUGUCCGAGUCUAGAGGGGUGAGAAGGGUCGACGGGUCUGAACCUGAGGCGGUGGCGUACCGCAUUAACCCGUCCCUCCACCUCAAGAAGAGCGUGAGUGACAUCUACACGGGCGGUUUACCGUCAGACUACUCUGUCAUCGCCACCUUCAAAGUGCCCAAAGACACUGCUAAAGCAUCUUGGAAUCUGUGGCAAGUCAGCGAUCCUGAAGGCAGGGACCAAGUGGGCCUUCGUUUUCAGGGCAACACUAAAAACCUGGACUUCUUCUACACCAGCCCACAAGGCACACAGAUGCUGCGGACCUUCCAGAGGGUGGAAAAACUGUUCGAUGGCGAAUGGCACAAGCUGGCAUUGAGUGUAAAAGGAGAGCAGGUGAAGCUGCUGGUGGACUGUGAGGAGGUCAGCGUGGAGCCUCUGGAUGAGCCUCGGCCUGUGAUUCGCCAAGGUUUCACCUCCAUCGUCAAGAGGGCUGUAGGUGAUCGCUCUGUUUUGGUGGAUCUGCAAAAGAUGGAGGUGUCCUGCGAUGCGGAUCAGGCAUACUCUGAAGGCUGCUGCGAGCUGUCCAGUGUGUGCGGAGGAUAUGCUGAGAUUGGUUUAACUGCAGGCAGAGGAAGAGCCACCUGUAAAUGCGUACACGGACAGCCUGGAGUCCAGGGACGCCCAGGACCCAAGGGUCACAGAGGCCUGCCAGGAAAUACGGGAGACCCAGGCAGAGUGGGAAACUGGGGGAUACGUGGGAACACCGGAGAUUAUGGACAUAUAGGAGAACCUGGGCCUAAGGGUGAAGAAGGCAUCAAAGGAGAAAAGGGCAUGAGAGGACUUCGAGGCCAGGAGGGUGACAGAGGACCCAAAGGCCUGAAAGGGCUAAAAGGAGCUUCAGGCCAUAAGGGAGUGCGAGGGUCACCUGGAGAGAGGGGAGAAACCGGCCAGCAGGGGGAAGUUGGUGCAGCAGGAGAACGGGGAUACGAGGGAAUUGUGGGCUAUCAGGGAGUGAAGGGAAAUGAAGGCUUACCCGGGGCUGAAGGAUCUCGAGGACUGCGGGGUCACCAGGGGAUCGUGGGAGAUCCCGGUGAACGAGGAACACCUGGAGAAAAGGGAAAACCAGGUAUUCAAGGACCAAAAGGAAAAGUUGGUGGAUUAGGGGAAAAGGGUAUAGUUGGUGAUCCAGGUUUGCCAGGGCGAGAUGGAGACCCUGGAAUUGAGGCUUAUCAAGGACCACAAGGACCUGAGGGAAGACAUGGACAAGUUGGUGAAAGGGGUGAAAAAGGCGAACAAGGGCCUCCAGGGGAAAUGGGCCCUCCUGGACUUACGGGGCCACAAGGUUACAAGGGCUCCGCUGCAAAGCCAGGAAGACCAGGAUUUAUUGGGCCUCCUGGAAGAACGGGGCACAUGGGAAUCCCCGGCAGACCAGGCCCAAAGGGUGACACUGGAAUUCCAGGGGUCCAGGGAAUCAAAGGGCAGAAGGGUGCAAAGGGAGUCAAAGGACCUAAAGGCAGGGCAGGAGACACUGGUGUGCCUGGACAACAGGGAAGUAGAGGAAAGCGAGGCCCUGCUGGAGAAGUGGGUAGAAAAGGCCGUGAAGGCUCCAAGGGAGUGAGAGGAGAUGGUGGUCCAGUGGGCUUUCAGGGUCCACCAGGCCCACCUGGCCCCACUCUUCCUGCUCAACAUGUUAUCGAGGUCUGCAAGAGGGUGGUGCUGGAGCAGAUGUCUACGUUCGCCAACUCAGUGAAAAGGACUUGCGCAGCCGUGUGCCCACUCUAUGGAGACGUGCCAAUGGGCGCUCCAGGUCCCCCAGGACCAAAAGGACCACCUGGACCUCCAGGUGAUCCUGGCAUCGAUGGUCUUAAAGGAGAAAUUGGGCAGCAGGGAUUCUACGGAGAACCUGGUGACCAAGGAAGACUGGGCUCAACAGGUGACAGGGGAGAACCAGGAGACAAGGGGGCUAAAGGCUAUGGUCUUCCUGGCCACAUUGGGGACCAGGGAUCAAAGGGUCAGCGUGGGCGACCUGGGCGGGCAUUUGAUGGGCAACCAGGUCGGAUGGGUGAGAGGGGCCAUGUUGGCCAGCCAGGUUUGAGGGGCCAUCCUGGACUACGUGGAGUUCCUGGAGUCUGUCUGACAUCUGGGUGUGCCUUACUCAAUGCUACUUCUAAUGCACCACCACGACAAGCACCUCAGCAGGCGCCGCAACGGGCACCUCAACAAACACCCCAACGUUCACCUCAACGGGCAACUCAGAGGUCUAGGGGACGCCAGUGAAAGCUCCUUUGAAGGUCAGACAGCGACGUGUGUAUAGUAUCAUGGCGGAAGGAUUAGAAACUGUAAUUGUGACAUGAAUGGUAAUUAAUGUAAAUAUAAAACUAAAAUGUGUCAUCAAAAGACUGAAACACUGAUUUAACAUUGCAAAAUGCUGUCAUAACAAACUACAAGAACUUGAAAUUGUUGACUAACUUUCUUUAAGGUCAUUUAAACCCAGAUGAAGUUUGCAUAUAUUAUAACAGGAACAAAUGUAUAUGUAGUUUCAAAAUGAUCUGCACAUUGCUCAGUUUUAUUUUCAAUAAAUGCUGUUUAUAAUAAAAAUGAAAAAAAAUCAUAUCUAAGCACAAUUCUCUGUCUCUCUAUCUCGACUUGUGAUUGUAGUGUAACAGGUCAUGUGCAUUUGAGUAAUUUGUUUAUAGGAUAUUCAGAACUACAUUUUAGAGAAACAGUAAAAUUCAAUAUGCCGUCUGUAGUUCCAGUGAUGAGUGCAUAAAGUUUAUGUUUUCCUGCUCCUUAACUGCAUUUGAAAUACUUCAGUAUUAAAGGGGUCAUGAAUUGAGAAAUUUGUAUUCAUCAA